AUGCCGACAGACUUGUCGGUGUGGCCUGUUGCAAUAGUGCUGUUUCCAAUGGAAAAGCGGGUGUCGGAUCUCCUUCGCUUUUUACACAAGAAGAAAAAAAUACAGCAAGUAGUGACGAGUUGUACUGCGGGCGGAUCACGACCAGAGGUUGUACAUCAACAUGAUGCCCAAAAUAAACACACUGGCUCAACACAAUCUUCAUCACACAAUAGUUCUGCUGUGGCCACAUUCAUGUACACCUACCCGCAACUGCAAUUUAUGGAUCCGGAGCAGUCGUUGCACCAGUACUUUCACCAACCUGAGAUGACAAAUUAAGGCCACUGAGUCUGGGAAAAUGAAAAUCCAUUUUCUCUUCAAAGCCCAACAUCUUAUAAAUCUUAUACUUCGUAGUUCUUCCUCUUGCUUGUGCCGUUUCUCAUCUGAAAGUAGAAAACCGGCAGCAAGAGCAAGACGCUGUCUAAGAUGGAUUUACUAAUAAAUACUGUAGCCCAAGUAGGAUCAUCUCUAAACAAAGCGGGAGAUUCUCGCACGAGAUGGAUGGCCCGGACCGAAUCCAGUCGAGUACGCUGCGAGCUUUUUUACGGCCUGUGGUCCGCCACCACCUAGUUUUGAUGAACAAUACGCCGCUGACAGAGCAGCCUUGUGGAACGAACAGGCUUGGAUGGGUGGUGGAGGUGGAGCUUGUGCAGG